AUGCCCCGCGGCUUCCUGGUGAAGCGCAGCAAGAAGUCCACGCCGGUAUCCUACCGGAUCCGCGGCGGCGAGGACGGCGAUCGCGCGCUGCUGCUCUUGCCGGGCUGCGGGGGCGCCCGCGCCUCCCCCCCGGCGCCCGGCCCGGGGCCGGGGCCAGGCCCGCUGCAGCCGCCGCCGCCGACCGAGCGCGCCCAUGCGGCGCUCGCCGCCGCGCUCUCCUGCACGCCGGGCCCGCCGCCACCCACGCCGGGGCUGCGGGCUGCGCACUUCGGCAACCCCGAGGCCGCGCACCCGGCGCCGCUCUACAGCCCCACGCGGCCCGUGAGCCGCGAGCACGAAAAGCACAAGUACUUCGAGCGCAGCUUCAACCUCGGCUCGCCCGUCUCGGCCGAGUCCUUCCCCACGCCCGCCGCGCUGCUCGUGGGUGGCGGCGGCGGCGGGGCCAACGGCGCCGGAGGUGGUGGCACCUGCAGCGGCGACCCGCUGCUCUUUGCGCCCGCCGAGCUCAAGAUGGGCACGGCUUUCUCGGUGGGGGCCGAGGCGGCCCGCGGCCCGGGGCCUGGUCCCCCACUGCCCCCCGCCGCCGCCUUGCGGCCCCCGGGCAAGCGGCCUUCACCCCCCGCCGCGGCCGCCGCCGCCGCAGAGCCGCCCGCCAAGGUAGCCAAGGCCCCGGGUUCCAAGAAGCCCAAAGCCAUCCGCAAGCUGCACUUCGAGGACGAGGUGACCACGUCGCCCGUGCUGGGGCUCAAGAUCAAGGAGGGUCCGGUGGAGACGCCGCGAGGCCGCGCGGGGGGUGCGGCGCGGCCGCUGGGCGAGUUCAUCUGCCAGCUCUGCAAAGAGGAGUACGCCGACCCCUUCGCGCUGGCGCAGCACAAGUGCUCGCGGAUCGUGCGCGUGGAGUACCGCUGCCCCGAGUGCGCCAAGGUCUUCAGCUGCCCGGCCAACCUGGCCUCGCACCGCCGCUGGCACAAACCGCGGCCUGCACCCGCCGCCGCCCGCGCCUGCGAGCCCGAAACUCCUGCCCGGGCGGAGGCGCGGGAGGCGACGGGCGGCGGUAGCAGCGACCGCGACACGCCGAGCCCGGGCGGCGUGUCCGAAUCGGGCUCCGAGGACGGGCUCUACGAGUGCCACCACUGCGCUAAGAAGUUCCGCCGCCAGGCCUAUCUGCGCAAGCACCUGCUGGCGCACCACCAGGCGCUGCAGGCCAAGGGCGCGCCGCCGCCCGCGCCCCCGGCCGAGGACCUACUGGCCUUGUACCCCGGGCCCGACGAGAAGGUGCCCCAGGAGGCGGCCGGCGACGGCGAGGCGGCUGGCGUGCUGGGCCUGAGUGCGUCCGCCGAGUGCCACCUGUGCCCGGUGUGCGGGGAGACGUUCCCCAGCAAGGGCGCCCAGGAGCGCCACCUGCGCCUGCUGCACGCCGCCCAGGUGUUCCCCUGCAAGUACUGCCCGGCCACCUUCUACAGCUCGCCCGGCCUCACGAGGCACAUCAACAAGUGCCACCCUUCCGAGAACAGACAGGUGAUCCUCCUGCAGGUGCCCGUGCGUCCGGCCUGCUAG